AUGGUCGCUACUAUUGAAUCUAAACAACAAUUCGACGAAGCUCUUGCAUCCGACUCAUUAGUCGUUGUCGAUUUCUUUGCUACUUGGUGUGGUCCAUGUAAGAUGAUUGCUCCAUUAUUAGACAAAUUUUCUCAAGAAUAUAGUCAAGUUAACUUCAUUAAAGUUGAUGUUGAUCAAUUUGGAUCCAUUGCUCAAGAAUAUGAAAUUACUUCUAUGCCUACUGUUGUUUUCAUCAAGGGUGGUAAGGAAGUUCAAAGAGUUAUUGGUGCUAAUCCUGCUGCUUUAAAACAAGCCAUUGCUUCUCAUGCUUAA